CCCACAUGGGAUGACAAACUUCCGUUCAGGUGGUGCUUGUAGUUCCAAGUAGUCUUGUUACUGUACUACUUCCUCUGAGAUGCUUUGCGGAUCUCUCUACGCGCUGUUUGCGGGUUUUCUGGGCGCCGCAGCGUCUCUGUCCGCUAAGCUGUCCCUGGGUCCCGCUUACCUGCAGGAGAUGUGCGACUCCGCGCUGCGCGGCUGGUCUGAAGGAGCUUCCGUCUGCGGAUGGAUGCACGUGCCCCUGCGGUUCUUGUGUGGAGGUCUGCUGCUCUGCUGUAACGCGGUCAUGUGGACCAUGUUCUCCAAGGCUCUCCGCCAUGCCUCCUCCUCCGCGGGGGCCACGGUCACCACCACGGCGUCCAACUUCAUCUGCUCGGGACUCCUGGGGAGGCUGGUCUUCAGAGAGACACACACCUCUCUGUGGUGGGCAGGGAUCUCACUCACCUUGUGUGGCCUGAUGGUUCUCCAUGCUGCUGCACCAGAACAACAGACGCCCCAGGAGGACCGCAAGGACAUCUAAAAAGACUUCAGGGUUACCUCCACCGGCUUCUCCUUUGUUUUCUACAGGCUACCUGGAUAGUCACCUGACUGGCUGUCCUGUCAGCUGUUGCUGUGAGGACAGGACUAAGACAUGACUUGUCUCACACAAACUCUGUGGAUCUGUUCUCACCUGACAGGUGUGAGGGAGGCGUUACUGUGUAAUGGCUGCUGUGAUGCUUUUAUUUGUCCCCACCAAGUGCUGGUUGUGAGUAGCCCCAGUGCGAAAACGUACCGGAAGUGUGAUGAACUCACUAGUUUAGCUCACUUCACCACAGCGCCGGAUGAAGGUGGGAUCAGCUCCACCAGAGCUCGUCCGUUAGCUGGUGUCCCUAAACCAACCCGCUGCUGCAUCCCUGUUCCAGACAUGGAGCAGGCAUUACAGGAAUGAACGCUUUAUUUGGUUUGAAAAUACAAAAUAUAACUUUGAUGGAAAAUUACAAAAGAUAAACACAAAAGAGCUACAUUAAAAACAAGGUUCAACAUAAAGAGAGGCAGCCAGCCGGUUCUGGACAGAACUUCACACCACAGGACCGGAAACGUCAGACGCUCGAGGUUUGUGAACAGCCUCGAGUAAACUUUGAUAUGAAAUUAGAAUCGGUUAUAAUAAACUCAGAGGUUUCCUUUC